GAACUCUCAUUCAUGAGAGCGAGAACAGGGCUGGUUUUGUCACAUGGGCUUGCAGCAUCCCGCCCAAUCAGGGUGCCGGAGCGCGAAGGCCCGCCCGAACUCCCGCCAAAUACGAGCGCGAAGGAAAGCGGACUCGGAGGACAGGGAGCGAGAAGGGACGAAAAAGCGGGGCGCCCGUCCCGUCCUUUCCCCCUUUCCCUGUCCCCUCCCCGCCCCGGGUUCUUGUGAGGAGAGAGCCCGUCUGUCAGUCAGGCGGUCAUUCGUUAGGUCGGCCGGUCAGUCAGUGGAGCGAGCGGAGGAGGAGGAGGAGGAGGGUCUCUUUACGUGGCAGCUAUGGAGUGUCGAGAUAAAUCAGCAGCCCCAACCCGGAAACUAAUACAAGCUCGAUUGCCUUUCAAGCGUCUGAAUCCCAUACCAAAGGAGAAGCUUGGUGUAAGCCCAGGAAUCAAAAAAGCCAAGAACUCUCAAAAUGUCCUUGAUCAAAACUCACCUUGUCCUGCUUUGUCACAUCUGUUACCGGACAACGUGGAGAAUACCUGCCAGGUGGAAACAGAAACACAACUUGUUAACGGCAAGGGUCCGUUAGAUAACUUUGUGCAGAAAAGCACAAAAAAUAACACAAGCCAGUUGCUCUUAAUAGACUUGACAGAGGAUUCUAACCACAGACUGAGUGAUAACAUAGACCACAGCAAAUCAAACAAAGUAGCAGCGUCUGUGGAGAAUACUCAUAAGGAGGUAGAAACUGAGCCUGGUCCACAAAAAUCCAUUUGUAACACCCACGUGGAUGUUCUGAUGACAGCUUUCCCAGCUACAGCAGAUGAGGGUGAAUUGUCAAAUAUGGUGUCAACCCAGAUAGAAACCGAUAGUCCAAAGGGAAGCAAACUCAAAAAUGUCAUAUUUGAAAGGAAAAUGCCUGUUGUUGUCCUGGAGGAUAUCAUGAUGGCCAAAUCUCCCCAAGGUGCACCUUUGGAAAGGAGCCUGUCUUCCGGAAACGAAACAAUCGAGUCUUGUUCUGAAGACGACAAGGAAUGUACAGAUUCCUCGUUAAGUUCUGCCUCCCUCACCAGCUCACCUGAAUCCGUGCCUACACAGGGAUGUAAGGACAAUGUUAGUCCGAUAGCUGCUUCAACGCCCGUUGGAAAGACGUCACAGAAAAUUCACCAGAGUUCUGAAGAGAAGGAGAAGCUUAAGCUGCAGAGGGAUCAAGAACGCGCAGACAAACUUCAGAAGCUGCAAGCGAAACGGGAGGAGAAGGGGAGGCUGAAAGAGGAGGCGAAGGCCACGAAAGAGCGUGCCCGGGAGGAGGCGAAGAGGAAGAGAGAGGAAGAGAGAGAGCUGAAGGACAAGGAAAGGAAGGAAAAGAAGGAGAAAGAUGAGAGAGAGAAGGCCGAAAAGCUGCGGGUGAAGGAGGAGAAACGGAAGGAGAAGCAGGAGGCUCUGGAGGCAAAACAAGAAGAGAAGAGAAAGAAAGAAGAGGAGAAACGGUUGAAAGAGGAAGAAAAGCGUAUUAAAGCAGAGAAGGCAGAAAUUACCAGGUUCUUCCAAAAACCAAAGACCCAGCCUGCUCCAAAGACACUGGCUGGCUGGUGUGGCAAAUUUGCUCCCUUUGAAAUCAAGGAGAACAUGUUUCUCGCUCCGCUCUGCCGAGUUGCCGUCGACCAGGACCUUUUGGAUCGGUUAGACUGCCUCCUGCAAGGUCAGAGCUAUGAUGCUUCUUUCCUGGGAGAACUGAAGAGCCGAGCGCCGUGUACAACUGGACCCGCCCUCACCUGCAGCCAUGGCGCUGACGUCGUCAACAGUGACGUGGUCAUUGUGGGCAGCAGCCAGGCUGGAGAUGUGCCAGAAAGGAAGAAGUUUGGCAGGCAGAAACUCCUGCAGUUCUGUGAGAAUCACCGGCCUGCCUACUGGGGCACGUGGAACAGGGAAUCCUCAGCCAUACGGCCGAGAAACCCUUGGUCAAAAGAUGAGAAGCUGCUGGACUACGAAGUAGAGAGUGAUGAAGAGUGGGAGGAAGAGGAGCCAGGGGAGAGUCUCUCUCAUAGCGAAGGGGAUGACGACGAUGAUGGGGCAGAGGAGGAAGAGGAGGACGACGGCUUCUUCGUGCCACACGGGUACCUCUCGGAGGACGAAGGCGUGACUGAAGAAUGCGACCCCGAGAACCAUAAAGCUCGCCAAAAGCUGAAAGCGAAGGAGUGGGACGAGCUGAUCACCAAGGGGAAGAGAUUCCGCGUCCUUCAGCUCACAAAGAUCGGCUGCGUCUGGGAAGGCAACGAGAAUGGCCAUGGCACAGACGGAGAGCUGCGGUUCCUGCAGCAGUUUGCAGCGUCUAUCUUGGACUCGACGAUUGCUGACGAGGACCAGAUAGAGAAGAGCAACAAAAAGAAAAUGAAAGACCGGCAGAUCUUGGGACAGCUGCUUCCCCUCCUCCACGGGAAUGUUAACGGAAGCAAAGUCAUCAUCCAAGAAUUCCAGGAGUGCUGUCGAAUGGGCUUGCUGCUGGGCGGCAACAGCUCCGUCUCUGCUGUGGAGAGCGUGGACAUGAGCCCUGCCAGCCCCAAAGCCUCCUGGGCCCAGACGCCUGCCCACGACGGGAGCACCGUGCCUUCCAAGGCCAGGCUAAAGCAAAUCAUCUCCGAGAACUCCGUCUACGAGAAGAGGCCUGACCACCGGAUGUGUUGGUAUGUGCAGCCCGAGGUUCUGAAGAGCUACGGGCAAGAGAACCUGCCUGUUCCUUGCCAGUGGAGCUACGUCACACAAGUGACUUCAGUGGCCAAGGAAGACGCUGGCAACGGGCCAGGAGGGGUUGCUGCGCAGACCACCCCAGUCUCGGCAAAGCGCAAGUCGACAGGGAGCAUGUCGAUCACAAAGUUCAUGAAGAGGCCUCAGGUUGAAGCCACAGAGACGGAUGGAUUUCAAGCAGACACAGAAGAGGAGGAUGACGACGACUGUGUAAUCAUGGACAUGGAGCAAAGCAAAGCACCUGCGUUGAGGACCCCCGAACCCCCUUCAGAGAUGGAUCAAGCUGCUGCAGUCAACUCCUCUCACGCUGUUUGAUAUGCACAGUCCCCUCCUGUUACUGCUCUGUAUGUAUGUAGAAUUCUUUAGAAUAUUUUUAAACUCUUGUGUAUCUUUUUUUUUUUUUUUGUAUAAGAUACUUGAACGUACUCUGUAUUCCUUGUAAAGAGAAGACAGCACUUUGUUCUGCUUCAGAUUGGUGGAAGCACGAGGCAUAAUUUUUUAGAGGCUUAGUGGGGAGGGGGGGCGCUAGAUGAAGAAAGAAUACCACAUAUAAUCUCUCCAAUAAAAGCAUUAUUGACCUUUUCGAUGGGA